CUGUCAAAUCUUAUGUCAGAAAACAGAAAUAUUUGCGAUUAUUAUGAAAUUUAUAUUUUUUUGGAUUUAAUGAUUUAAUUCAGAAUCUUUCUGCUUUUAUUCCACUCGAAUAAUUAAAAUCUGUAAAAUUAAAUUUUAACUCUCGUAAAAUGAUCGAAACUUGCUCAAGACGAUGCAUGCUUCUUGGAACUGUGAGCCUGGGAAUCCUCACCAUAGUUGUUCUAAUUUUAGAAUCACAUCUAGCAGAGACACUGUCUGGAAAUCACAGAAUGAAGAACAAAACAUUUCCAACAGAAAACAACUCAACAUGCUGGAUGCAUCAGCCCUAUCAGAUCAUCAGCGAGUGCCAUCCGUGCUCAGACUUUGAAAUCAGAAGCAAGAGUAUUGGUGUUUGCAUACACACAAGUUUUAAAGAAAUAUUGAAGUGUGAGAAUGGAGAAACAGUGACUAGAAGUUGUGACAGAGUGGCAUAUCUUGAUGAGAGAGCUUUCUGGAAGUUUACCAUUUGGUCAUUUGCAAUUGGAGCUGUAUCUUCUAUUGCUGUGAUGCUGAGGAUGAGAGUUCUGAACCAUAAAGCUAAGAGAAGAGCAAGACAACUACUCAGCAAUGGUUCUAUUUAGCCUGUAGAAUAUUACUAGAGUGUGUGGACUGAAUUCUCAAGGAUACCUUAAAUUAAAAGGCAUACAUACUAGGUGCCAAGAGAUAAUAAUGUUGAGCCUGUAUACUGUACAGAAAUAUGGCAUCUGAGGCUUCCAGUAUUUAUUAACAAGACAGUGAUGAAAGAAAAAUCAAGGAUUAUGACACACAUAAAGUGAUACUGUUAUUUAUUGUCAUGAAUAUAAUAUUUUUAAUAAUUCA